GUCACACUCUGCUAAUAUGUCUAAGAUAGACGAUUUAUUCGAUAAAAAGAAAGAUGAGGCUCCUAUGUUGGACUUAUCUAAAACUGUGAUUAAUACUGCAGAAGAAUAUAGAGCAGUGUUAGAUAAAGUGCCGGACUUUAAAACACGACCAGAAAAGGUAAGAGCCGAGGACGUAAAAAUAAAAGAAGACAAUAAAACUAAAACGUCUCGGAAAGAAAUAAAAGCCUACGAGACAUUGGGAACAAGAGGAUAUGAAGAGAAACAUUUUACUUUUAUGGAUCCCAUCCCAGUGGAAAUGCGCGGGCUGAAGUUUGAAGAGUUGUGUAUAGUACCCAUUGAGUGGCGGAUGCUUACUUCUAUCAGACCGAAAGCUAAAAUGGACGAAGAAUACUUCAACAGACUUGUAGAACUAGGCAAAUCCGAGCUCAAAACAAAAGCAAAGGAUAAAAGAGAUUAUGCUAAAAACACUAUGUUCCGAAAAACGAAAAACCGGUCGGGAGUGACCGAGACUAGGAUAAUAUCCUGCGCAGAGUGCGGAGAGGAAUAUUGUAAUGGUAAAAUGUGUGCAAUAACAAACUACGACAUGUUCGCUCGUCUGAAAGUGGAAGUUGAGACAAAAGCAUCGCGGGCCCAAGCAGCGCCAACACAAGGCGGCGGGAAAAUGAAGAAACUUCGUCGACGGCCGCGACGCAAGCCGCGGAGCAAGAGCGCAGCGCCAGAAACAAACAAGGCACAAGUUAAUAAAUCAGGGGCCAAGAGCGACUCAGAACUCUAAUAUAGAUUAAUUACCUUUUAUUAAACUGGGACCUGGGACCACAAAAAAAAACAACAUUAUAAAAGAAAGUUCCUACAGGACCAGCUUACAAAACCUCAUUUUCGAAUAAAUUUUACGUAUUAAGACUAAAAAGUUAUACGAUUCGUGCAUAACUAAUAACAGCGCACAAUCUCGAUACUACAAAUAAAAAUACUUUUUCCUCUUUCCUAAAGCUUUCCAAUUGUAUAUUCGAUACCUAGAAUUAAUAAUAUUAUCAAAUUGGAUAUCCCAUAAUUGUAAGGUAUUUUAAAGUUUGAGUAGAUGCUACGAUAAGUCACGGCUCAUGUCUGUAACGGAUGCAGUAGACCGCACGUCAAUAGUAGCAUUUAAACAUAGUCUUUAUUCCAAAGCACUAAGAUAGAUUUUCGUAAUUCAUUGCUACAACUGACGUGCGGUCAAGCGUAUGUAAUAAUAAAUUUCUUAAGCCACACUUAUUAUAAGAUAUUGUGUAAUUUAUACCUACUGAGAAUCUCAAUUUUGUAUUGCAAUUUAUUAUACGGUUAUUAUGUGA